CACUCCACUGGGCCGCGAGGAAGUCGCAAGAUGGCUGAUGUCGCUUGGAAGUAAUGUUCUCCCUCUGCAACAUGACGCCGUGAGUGUGGAAGACGAGCGAGGGAGGCACAGCCGGGCUUUUCUUUUUCUUUUCUUUUGGUUUAUUUUCCUUUAUUCCGCCAAAUAACCCAUCUCAUUCCGUGUCGUAUACGCCCUGGACUUGUCUUCGGGAGUUGACGCGUCAAAUCACGCCGGGGACCCUGCCAGCAGUUAGCCACACAGUUAGCAUUUAGAAAUACGAUUAGCCAGGCAGCUACAGCGUGUGCUCGGUUGUUGCAGUUGGCGUUUUCAACUCCGUCAACUGCUGAUCACAUUCUUAAAUGUAACCUGCUCGCCGGCCUCAAAACACCAUCGCUGACAAUUUUGCUCGCUGCUCGACAUCCAGCCUGCGGUUUGCUAACUAGUGCGCAGUAUUGCGUCGACUUCAUGCGAGCGAGGGUUUCUUCCUAUUUAGAAAUCCAGUUCUCCGCCGCCGACUGUAUCUUUAUAGCCAAAUUAUGGGAGUAGUACACAUUGACAACUAGUUGAAGCUACACUGGCCUUGUCGGUCUCAUCACAAUCCACAGCAAUGGACACUAGACUACGCACCCACGUCUAAAUUUGAGUAAUUGAAUCGAAAUAUUUAGUGGGAAAGUAACUGUGCAUGAUUUCACCAGUUGAUUGCUGCGAGCGUCCGUUAUUUCGCAGGGUUAACUAGCACCCGUGUCAGUUACUACUUAGGAGACAGUUAGCUCGCUGAUAGCUAGCUUGUCUCGCUCUUCAUCACGUUACAAACACGGCGUACAGAACAUAUUCCGAGCCCGCUCCCGGCCAGACGCACCGGCUCAAUAACACGGUCAUGGGAGUGCAGGGCUUUCAAGAGUAUCUAGAGAAGCGAUGUCCCGGGGCCGCAGUCCCGGUGGACCUGCUCAAGCUGGCUCGUACAGCGGCCCGCCAGCCUCCACACCACCAUCACCCACACCACCACCCACAUCAUCCCGGGCCCAUGCCUCCCCCGCCCCCGCCUGCCAGGAUCCUCAUCGACGCCGACUCCGGCCUGCAGCGCCUCUACGGCGGCUACCAGACGGAUUGGGUCUGCGGCGGCCAGUGGAACGCCAUGCUAGGCUACCUGGCCGCUCUGUCCCAGGCCUGCCUGUUCCAGGGUGGCCUGGAGCUGGUGGUGGUUUUCAACGGCACGCUCGGGAAGGAACGCUGGCCCGAGUGGGCGCGGCGAGCUCAGGGCCAGCGACAGACUGCUCAACUGAUAGUCAACCACGUCGGCAGCAAGGCCACCCCGCCUCCCCGGGCAUGGUUCCUGCCCCCGGCCUGCCUCAGCCACUGUGUCCGCCUCGCCAUGUUCCGCUUCCGAGUGCGGGUUGUACAGACUUUGGAAGAUCAUCACCAGGAAGUGCUGUCUCUUUACAGAGACUUUGGAUUUGCCGGCCUGAUAGCUCAGGAUUCGGAGUUUGCACUCUGCAAUGUACCUGCCUAUUUCUCCUCACAUGCACUCAAACUUAGCUGGAAUGGCAAAAAUCUGACAACACACCAGUAUCUGCUGUCUGAAGCCGCCAGGCAGCUCGGACUUAAGACUCAGCACCUACCCUGCUUUGCUGCUCUACUGGGAAAUCAUAUUCUGCCUGAUGAAGACCUGGCUGCCUUCCACUGGAGCCUGCUGGGACCAGAACACCCACUAGCAUCUCUUAAGGUGCGGGCUCAUCAGUUGGUGCUGCCACCCUGUGAAGUGGUGAUUAAGGCUGUGUCAGAGUACGUCUCCUCCAUCAAAGACCUUGGAAAUCUAGACGCCAUCGCUAACGAUGUCUUCAAACAGUCACAGUCUCGCAUGGAGGACAAGGUGGAUCGAUUCAAGAAAGCUGUGGACUACUUCUCAGCUGCCUCCAAACCACGUUCACCCAACAUGGGACCCUCGUCUUUUAUUUUACCUGGGUUUGGACCCACUCCAUUUGGGGGACCACCUGGCCACAUGGGACCGAUGCACCUUGGAAAAAAUCAGUUCCUUCCUCCCCAAAUGCCUGGCUUAAAACCACCUUUUCUAAAUGCUCCAUUUGGACAUGGCGCAGCGCCACUAUUCCCGGACCCACCGCCGCCCUCCCAAGACUGCAAUGAUUCACCGACAGGAAAGAUGGGCUUCUCUGACUGGUCGGCGCCAUAUGAUUCCACUCAGGGCGGCGCUCGUUUGCCUAAUCACCACACAGGCACUCAGCCUGGUCCUUCUCCGUCGCCUUCCUCUUCAUCAGAUGGAGAUGAACCUAAUGACAGUAAUGCAAACCAUUUGGCGGACAAGCCCUCACGCUGGGAGGAUCCUGCUAUAAGGGGGUGCCCGGUCUCUGGAGAUGCUUCACAAGGCAAUGGGAGCGGGUCAAACAUUCCGUCAUUACUGUCUAUGGCGACGAGAAGUCACAUGGACAUAACCACGCCCCCUCUGCCUCAGGUUAGUGCUGAGGUUCUUCGUGUAGCGGAACAUAGACACAGAAGAGGGCUGAUGUACCCACAGAUUUACCACAUUUUGACCAAGGGAGAGAUGAAAAUGCCAGUUUGUAUAGAGGAUGAGUGUAACUCUGAGCUACCUCCUGCCUCGCUGCUGUUUCGUGCUGCCAGACAAUAUGCCUAUGGCGUCCUCUUCAGUCUGGCUGAAAUACACCGCCGCCUGGAAAGACUUGCCCUCCGUAGGAGAGCGCCCUUGGAAGUUCCUCCAGUGAUUGUCAAAGAGUGGAGCAGUGGUAAAUCCAAAUCCGCUCUGACUCCUGAACUGGUUCCGGCUCUAUGUUUCCGAGAGUGGACAUGUCCCAACUUGCGCCGCCUGUGGUUGGGUCGUGCCAGUGAGGACCGCUCUAGGAGAACCAGGGCUUUCCUAGCCUGUCUACGCUCUGACUGCCCAGCCCUCCUUAACCCAGCACAGGUCCCACAGCAUCUGUUGCUCAUGUGCUGCGUGCUCAGGUAUAUGAUGCAGUGGCCUGGAGGGAGGAUCCUCCAGAGACAUGAGCUGGAUGCCUUCUUGGCCCAGGCUGUUUCAAAUCAGCUCUAUGAACCAGACCAGCUACAGGAACUCAAGGUGGAGAAGGUUGAUGCCCGUGGCGUGCAGCUGGCUGCUCUUUUUAUGGCUGGUGUUGACACAGCGCUGUUCAUCAACGAUGUAUGCGGCCAGCCGUUGCCAUGGGAACACUGCUGUCCCUGGGGCUUCUUUGAUGGCAAACUGUUCCAGAGCAAACUGGCUCGUGCUGCCCGUGAUCGUGCUGCCCUGCUCGAUAUGUGUGAAGGCCAGGAGGAGCUAGUCUCCAAGGUGGAGAAGAUGCGUCAGGCGAUACUCGAGGGGAUUAAUCUAUCUCGUCCUCCUCCACCACCACCCCCUCUUCCAUCCCCUGCCUUUCUGCCACCUGCUAUGGUGCCCCCUUUCUACCCAAUGCCCCCUCUCUACCCACCUCGACCCAUGGGUGGCAUGCCUCCCCAUCACCCACAUCAUCCACACCACCCUGCCCAACACAGACCCAGAGCCUUCCCAGGCAUCCAGUCUAUACCUCCUCAAGGAGGAAAACUGGAGAUUGCCGGUAUGGUUGUUGGCCAGUGGGCUGGGAACAAACCAAUACGUGGCAGAGGGGGGUUCAACAUGCAAGUGGUUUCAGUGGGAGCAGGAAAAGGGAGGGGUAAAGAUAUUCCCGGAAAGCUACGAGGAGGGAAGAAGGCAACUGCCAGCAGAACACAGACAUCGUCCCCCCCUCCAUCCAACAGUUCCCCAAAGCCCCCAGAAGAGGUGGGCUCCACGCCAGAGGUUGCGACUCAGCAGCUGAAUGGCAGCUCAGCAGCCAUUGGGCAGCCCUUGGAGCUGGUUCCCCUGACCCAGCCAAUCCAGUGUGCCUUAGCCAGCAGAGACAACCAUUCAGAGGGGGUCCAAGUGGAGGCCCCCUGUUGCCUUGACGACUGCCCUUCAGAUGGAGCGCUACAGAAAGAGGAGUGACGGGAUGCUCGGAGAGAGAUUUAUGUGUUCGACUGCCUUUCCCUGUCUUUGUAGCCCUGCCUCCUAACUGUGCAUGCUAUCCCAUGGAGCAGGAAGCCAUUAGAGCAUCCGUCUCCUUUUCUUUUCUGCUCCAUGUGAUGCGUCCAAACAGUUGGUUGUCAAAGCAGUUAAACCCUGUUUUUAGUUUUCUCAUGUGCUUUUAUGUUUUUAUAAAGAGAAGUCUUCUCUGUAAGUCUAAGCGCCCUACCCCUCAAAAAAUAGCUUUUCUCCCGCACACAAAGUAACGUAAGUUUCACGUUCCACUCUUGUCACCAACCACCACUUAAACAAGCCCCCUCAUGUACGGUCACCUGUACAGUUUGAGUUUUGUAUGUUGGUUUAUUAGUCCCAUUGUAUGAAACUGCGCACACAUUUGUGGUUCCCGGUGACAGAUUGUAUGUGGUUUCCAUGGGUACAACAUCUAGACCUUGUCACUAUGGUCUGUGUGUCGAUGCGAUUUGUGAUUGUCGUGUCAUCUAAGCGUUGACUGACAAGAGCUCCAAGGAACAUUCAGAGACUUACCUUUUAACAUGUUGAAAGAUUUAACGUAAAUAUUGUCCCCACAAUGGCCCCCAACUGUGCAAAAUAGCAGCACUGCUUGAAAAAAAAGAAUUCCAUAUCCCCUUUAUAGUUUGAUUGGUUAUCAAUCACUGGAGCAUUUCUGAUAUUAGGAUGCUAUAUUACUUUGCAUAGCCCAGAGUUUAGCUAUGCUCACAGACCCCAGGAAUUUGUGCACCUUAAUCCCUAAUGUAUGCAAAGUUAUACCCUGCUCCUAGAAAAGUGCAUUAUUAUAUUAUAUUCCUCGCCUCCCGACCCUUUCUACAAGAGUUUUGAUUGUACUAUCCCAACAGAAGCACUUGUUGUAUUUAAAUAUAAGAAAAAAAAUGCCCCGAUACAAAAUAAUUGACUUUAGCACGUAAGGGGUGUGCGCCUAACUAAUGGAGACAUGUAGAAGAACAUUUAGAGAUAGAAAUCUAUUUGAGAGACGUCAGAAUGUGUACAGAGUGGUUCGAAACAAAGAGGCACUUUGUUUUUAAGAUGUUAAACCACACUGGAAGGUCCUCUGCCAGGUGAUAAAAAAGUGAAACACUCUGAGGCACCUUUCUAGAGUUAUAGGCCAAAAAGAAGAGACUGCUGCCUAGCAGCUAGUGCAAAUAAGCGGAAAAGGUCUCAUGCAGACCCUGCAAAGCCACAUCAUUCUCUAAGGAACUUUUUAAGGAAACCUGAUUACCCAUGUUUCCUGGGAAUUGGUUUCAGAAAAGUAACUUCCAAAGUGAAUUUUAACGCAGCUGGCCGACAAGUGGCCACUGAUGUAAAGGGGUGUGUCAGCUUAGCCUCAAAGAUCCCUCCAUCCUUGGGUGGCGAUUAAGUAACUGUUGUCCUGGCAAUUGCCUCAAGCUGAAAGCUUGUGCGUUGCCAAGCUGUAGUGUGUCACUUUAAACCAACAGAAUGCUCUUCCCUUCCCCAAAGUCACUCUGACAAACAACGUGGAAACUUUAUGGGUCGUAACAUGCGUCAUGGAGAGAGGGCACCCUCACAGUGCCCCUAGUGUCCCACUCAUGUUUGGAGAGUGAAUUGUUUUGUUAAAGCAAUUAUGUUUGCAUUUAACGAAAUGUCCCCUCCACAGACAAUGGAAAUCAACAUAUGUACUUUUUACCAGUUCUAUAUACAGAACAACUGCAUGUUUCAAAGCAGUAGACAUACCCGAGAGAUGCUAUCCAGUGGCAUGAAAAUAUGCUAUACAGUAUAAAAAGGCAAGUCAACAAGAAAGCACCUUAUUUUCAUACUAUGUUGAUGACUUGUGCCCUUUCAUGUGCCACAAAAUUAACAUGGAAAUGCUAUUUUAAAGGAAAAGACUGACUAUAUGUAAGCGUAAUGUAGUCGUGUCAGACAUGCCCCACUGUAUGAACACAACCAUUACAGAAAACGCAAAUAGCCGACCCAGUGACAAGUGUAGGUAGACUUGCGCUCGUCACAUGACUGGGGCAUGCCGUCGUUUCUUAACACGGAAUGACAUGAAAAAAGAGGUUAUCAAUGAGAAAUAAAACAACACGAAUGCUGUAUGUUUCUCAUAGUUCAAAAAUGGCGGCGUCUGGACUUUAAAAACUCUUUAGACAUCAAAGACUAGGCUGGAGAACAUGGCUCCACUGGCCAAAAUACCAAGUCUAGACUUUCUAGGAGUCACAUACUUAACUGCUUUCAACUAUUUUGACAUUAGGACAUGUAUUUCAAUAGUACAUCAUUAGAGGCUGGCUUUUCUGCGGCAAGCCAGUGUUAUCUGGUAUACGAUGCCCUUUUAUCGAUCGCGACACACACACCAAAAAGCACGCUUACACACAAAUGCACGCACACACACACACUAAAUAGAUAUUCAGUUGUUUGUUACCAGCAGCAUUCUCUCUGCUUUCGUGCUUAAGUGAUAUAUUUGUGCAGUUUCAGUUGCCAGUGGAGUGGUUGUCAGUUCAUUGGAGAUCAUUUGGUAACAUUCUCGACUGACUCAGAAUCCCUACACUCACGUUAGCAUGGACAUGAAAAAAUACAUGAGACGUUUCAGGUAGACGAAGUACCACAUUGAUACAUGCACAUAAACGCACAAUACAUGCACAUACAUAGAUGUUUGACCCUGAGUUACACAGUAGCUAGUAUGGAUAAAAACAGCAACACAAUACAUAAUCUUGUGUCCCUUUUUUGUGCUCGUCUGUUUUAGUUCAAUAGGGAUUUGAAUAAUUACUUCUUUUUUUUAUGCUUGUUAAACCAACCUCCCUUGCCUCUGCUUUUUUGACCCCUCUUCCCCUCCUAUCCACACACAUUUUUUAUUAUACAUGAUCUUUUAUCUUUCUCCUAACACAAGCACAGACAUAGUUCCCCUUCACUUUGGUCCCCACGAAGCAACAACUCCUUUGGAUUUGUCACCAGGCCACCACCUCCAAUGAUGUUUCUUGUCACAAAAGAGAGCAACCAAUGUAUAGUUAAAUUUAAUAAAUUAUAUGAUUACACUUGUAAAAUCCACCAUGAGUCAGAAGAAGAGCUAUUUAAUGUUGAAUAUUUAAUAGCAGGGGGGUACAGAACACGCAGAGGUAAAUGUAUAUUAACCAUUUGUUUGUGAUUUGAUCAUUUGUCUUAACCAGGGUUUCUGCUGAGGAAUUAAUACCAAAAAUUUUAAGAUUUUAAAAAUACGACCCAAAACCAGGUUGCUGGCCUUAAGACUUAGACUUGGUCUUCCUGUUAUUGUCAUUUAAAUUUGAACUUUACAAUACAAAUAAGAAAAACAUUUUGUUGCAUUAGUAAUGAAAUUUCCUUGCUAAUGCAACCGCUAGUCAGCGAUUUCUUCAUGGGGACUACACACACAAUCACCUCAGAUAGUUUAGAAGUAAACACAAACACACAGACACAAGGAUAUAAACUUAAGUUCUCACUUUCACACAACAACCGCCUCCUUGCUUCGCCCGUAGCCCUAGGAUCAUUUGCAUUGGCCGCCUUUCUCUUUUCUCUCUUGACUGCCCUGCCCAUUUAAUCAAUCCAACUAACAGUAAUGGUUAUCUUAACAUUAAUAAUCAAUUUCUGUAUGUAUCUAGCCAGAGUUUUAAAAAAAAUUCUGGAAAAAAAAAACUUAAAUUCAGUUGUGCACAUUGUGUUUUUCUUACUAUUUUAAUGUUAUUACAUCUUCUAAUCCUACCGUUGCUUCGGUUAGUACUGAAAUACGCUUAGCCCACCUAGAGAUUUGAACUGUAAUGAUUGCGAUUUUCCUUACCUUUAUAUGGCAUCUUUAGACAACUUCACCAUUAACGUACGUAAGUAAAUAUUGCCCGUUACCGAUGAGAACCAUUGUCUGCACUCUUGAUUUUCAUAAUAUCCCUGAUGAUAAUUUUGUGGUUGACUUUACCAAUCUAAGCUGAACUCUGCGCCCUUACACAAAGCAGCGAAAAGAUGUCACCUGAGAACUAAACAAAGUACACCUACAAUCCCCUUUCUCCCAAAUCCCCCAUAGUCUAUCCCCGCCUCCCAGAAAUGUCUUAUAGAUGAGUAUGAUUUUUUAUAUAUAUAUAAUAUAUAUAUAUAUUAUAUAUAUAUAUAUAUAUAUAUUAUAUAUAUAUAUAUAUAUAUAUACACAUAUAUAUAUAGUCUGUGUGUAUAAUGACAUUGCAGCACGUGUGAUUUUAAGACUGAGAGGUAACGGUGGCUAUACACCGUGGUUGUCGUGGAGACGCAAACAGACAGGGAAGCAGGAAGGAAGUGUGAAAAGCAAGGAGUAGGCGAGAAGCUAGAAAUCAAGAGGGGAUGUAUCUUGAACUCGCUCGUUCACACUGUUUGAAUAGUUCUACAUUGACUGAAUUUAGGCUGUGGGAAGCACUGUGCACACUCAUGAGAUCCAGUACCCCGGAAGCAGUGACGCUCAACAAAUACGCUGUCAAUUGUGCUGGGGUUUUAGUUCCCCUCUCCUCCCCCUUUACUUUUCUAAUGUUGUCACACUUUCUCAAGCUUGCCUUAACUCACUCAACUCCAAAGUGGGCCAGUUUUCUUUGAAUCAUAGCUUUGAGAAUGAUGGGAUCAUGUGAACAUCAUGACAAUUUGUUGCAGUGCGUCACCGUAUUUGGUGAGCAUUUUUAGUGUGUAGUCUUUCUAAUUUGAUUAGUUAUUUGCAACCAAUCAUGGAGUAGAUGUUACAAUUUCCCACUCCUCCAAGGAGGGGUACAAACCUCUCUACUUAUGUUUUACAAGGAAACCCUGUGCUCCUGACUUGACUGUGAGCUUAAAAACACCUAUGCCCACGUCAGUGAGCAGGAGUUUCUCAGAAAGGCUGACAAUGUUAGAUAAGUCCUGGGGUAAGAAAAGUGCUGUGCAGUGUAAGCGUUAAACAGUAUUAAGGUUAUGAGUGUGGAAAGGUUGACAUGUCUUGUACCUGUUCCGAUCUAUCUGCAGGAUUCUCACAGCAUUUUGUCCAGAGUGAAUGAAGGUUCCUAUCUGUCUUGUCUACACUGCCACUCCCCCCUCAGAACCCUCCAAACUCCAUAAUUACCCUCUCCCCUUUGCAAAGGUGCUCCAAUCAAUGUUUGCCCUCUCCUACCACUUAGUUCAAACAUGCUUUCAGGAGUACCCAGAACCACCUAACUACCUGCACAACAAAAAGGGUUCCUAUGUAUCCAUGAUAUUAUUGUUAUAGAGAUAUUAUCAUCAUCAUUAUCGCUGUUAUAAUUAUGGUCGGUAUAAUUUGUCAUCAUUGUUAGCAUUAUGGAAGCACCAGACUGUUUGUGGAAAGAUGAGCGAAGAAAAAAAAAAGUGACUUUUUUUUGUCUGGCUGUUGGUGGUCUGAUCACAGAGGGAGGGGAGGAAUGGUUCAGAAAGAGACAAAGAUGGCAGUCAUGUUUGUACUGGUUGGGAAAUGACUUACAGUGCUGAAAUAAAAUUUAUUCUUUUAGUAAAAAAAAUCA